AUCACAGGACAGAUAUAACCUAAUACGCAGUGUAGUCCUCCAACCGAGACCAAGAACGCUCCAGCGGCUAGUUUUGACUGCCGCACAUGCACUUUGCAAGUUGCACUCAAGGACUCGCCACCCACGAGUUUCCGCUCGCAUAAGUAUGUCACGUAUCUUGCUAGGAACUCUCCGCAGCGCGCCGUCUUCUAGAGCGGCGGGCACAGGCGAGUCUCGCCGAAUUUGCGGGGAGCGGACCCUACCGUCCGCGCCAGCGGGCCGGCUCCGGGAGCGCGUUGACUGUGCAUGGCGUAGCACCGCUACGGCCGCGACUGCCGCGUCUGCCCCAGCUCCAACCUCCAGUGCGGUCGCUGCUCCGCCGCAAGAAAGCGGCCCGACGUACUACGAGUCCACAGGUCUGGACUUCAUCGACCUAGUGCACCUGGAUGAGCGGGUGGUACACACGCGGCUGCACGAGGCUGUGCUGUUCCGCACCCUGGUCUGCAGCGCCGGCGCCACCAGCGCCUGCCCCACCUGGCGCCGCGCCUCAUUCACAGCCGCGCCCACCGCCCCCGCUCCGCCGGCGCCAUCCCACACGUGCGGCGCGCCCGUCGCAUCCGCAGCCGCCGAGCCAAUCAAUGUGAAGCGGCUCAAGUCCUACCGCGACCACGUCACGCGCAACCUGGCGCCCACAGUCGCCAAGGGCUUCGCAACUGCAGCCCGCGCAGCAGGCAUCAUCAUCGCGGCCGCACCGCCUGCCACCGCUGCGAUCGCUGCCGCGUCAUCGCAGCAGCCCAGCGCCAAAACCAGCCCGACCGCCACCGCGGCUUCCACCGGCAGCUUAGCGGUCGGGCCUGCCGGCAACGCCAGCAGCAGCACCGGCGGCGUCGCCUCCUCCUCGCCGGCCAGUCGCCAGCAGCUGCAGAAGCAGGGCCAGGCGCAGCUGCAGGGCCAGACACACCACCACAACACGUCCGCGGGCGGCGGCGGCGGUGGCUCCAGCCCCAGGCCCAGUCCCCGCACAGCCAUCAGCGUCAAGGCUACUGGCUCGGCGCCGAGCGGCCUGUCGGGCUCUGUGGCGGCCAUGGCGGCGAGUGCUGCUGCCAGUGCGGCGGUGGCCCUGGAGCGGCCGCCUGUGGCCGUGGCGGCCAAGGUGGUGGCGGCGGCGGCGGCGUGGGGUCCGCCCCCCGCCAACGACAUCGAGGUGGUGGGCAGCGGCGCGGGCGGCAUGUUUGACUUCUGACCCACUGCGUGUGCCGUCAGCAGCUGAUGGGGCGCGGCGAACUGCCCGCCGCAAAUUACUAAACGUGUACUGGUACCUGUGUGUUGUUGGGCAGCCAUGACUUUUGAUAAGCUGCGCGGCACCAUUGAUUGCUACCCUUGUGGUGCCGCGUGAACAGUCCAUCAUAUGAGAAUAUUUCGUAUCGUAUGUUGCCGCACACGGCCCGGGGGCUUGCGCCCGGGGUUUUGACGGCAACACCUGCAAGUUGCCAUGCCUUCGAUGGAAAGACGAUGGCAAUCAUGUUUGUAUGGCGGUUGUACAGAAAUCUGUCGCUCUGGUGCUUAAGAGUAUUUACAAUUGAUGAGAUCCGCCGUCUGCUAAUGCUCAAGCUCACGAGCUUUGGCCGGCCGCCGGCACUGUGCCUGGAGCUGUGGGGCGCGGUGUGUGGCGGUGACAUCCUGUAUGUUUAUCUGGUCGCUUCAUUGCGGCAAGCCAAUCAAGCUCCCUUCGGGAACAGGUUCGAGUUUGUGGCGUGAGAGCCGCCUCAACCAAGUGAGCGCACCCGCUUGAGUGCUGUGCCGCACCGGGGUGACAUAGAUAUGGGGGUUAUUGAUACUGUUCGAGCAGGGGUGCGUAUGGCAUGCAUUUUGGCACGGUGAGUCAACUCCGCCGCAAGCAACGCCAAGAUUUGCGCAAUGCGAUGUAUUCCUUGAACUGUCUGGGGGAGGUAGGACUUGGAGGUAGAGGCAGGGGCUGGUGUGAGAUAUGCUUGUACUGCAAGAGGCUGACUUACUGAGGCCGUCCGGUGUAGGACCUAGUGUAGUCUGACAGCGAUAACCGGACCACUGUUAGGGGCCGUGUACACAGGUCUGACGUCCUCACAUCACGGACCUAGACCGGACGGCCUCUAACAGCGGUCCGGUUAUCGCCUGUUCUAGACGUAGACCAAACACAUCGAUGCUCCGUGUGGGACGCGGCGCAUGCCCUCGCCACGGACAACCCCGGUCGGCUGCUGGACAGUGACAGUCCGCUGGCGAGGGUGGGCUGUCUGAAUCUAAGCGUGUUAAAGAGGGACCGGCGAAGAGUUCACGAUCAGUCUCUGCCUGCUGUGGACCCUGGGGGCGUACCACCUGUUGCGCAGUCGGAUUCGUGGCCUGAACGUCACAGCACUCCACCAACAUCUGGAUCUGUAUGUGUGGCUGUGUC